GCUUGCUUUACAUCCGUCCUCCCCGCCUCGCAGAGUUGGGAGAAGGAAGGCUGGGGGGUGUGGAAAAAUAAAAGGAAAAGUCCUUGCACCAUGUAGACCCGCGCCCCCCUACCCUGGCACCCCGGCCGGCCGGGGACCUCCCAGUCUGCGGCCAUGAACGCGAGCAGCGAGGGCGAGAGCUUCCCGGGCUCGGUGCAAAUUCCAGGUGGCACAACAGUGCUGGUUGAGCUGACUCCCGACAUCCACAUCUGCGGCAUCUGCAAGCAGCAGUUUAACAACCUGGACGCCUUUGUAGCUCACAAGCAGAGCGGCUGCCAGCUGACUGGCACGUCUGGUUCGGCGCCCAGCACAGUACAGUUUGUAUCAGAGGAAACGGUGCCUGCCACCCAGACUCAGACCACCACACGAACCAUCACCUCUGAGACCCAGACGAUCACAGUUUCAGCUCCAGAAUUUGUUUUUGAACAUGGCUAUCAAACAUACCUGCCCACGGAAAGCAAUGAAAACCAGACAGCCACUGUCAUCUCUCUCCCUGCCAAGUCACGAGCCAAAAAGCCCACGGCCCCAACUGCUCAGAAGAGGCUUAACUGUUGCUAUCCAGGUUGCCAAUUCAAGACUGCCUAUGGCAUGAAGGAUAUGGAGCGUCAUUUAAAAAUCCACACGGGAGACAAACCCCACAAGUGUGAAGUCUGCAGCAAGUGCUUCAGCCGGAAGGAUAAGCUGAAGACCCACAUGCGGUGCCACACAGGCGUGAAGCCCUAUAAGUGCAAGACGUGUGACUAUGCUGCCGCGGACAGCAGCAGCCUCAACAAGCACCUGCGGAUACAUUCCGACGAGCGGCCCUUCAAAUGCCAGAUCUGCCCCUACGCCAGCCGCAACUCCAGCCAGCUCACCGUACACCUCCGGUCCCACACAGCUUCAGAACUAGAUAAUGAUGUGCCAAAACCAACCUGUCCCUCCGCUGACAGCAGUGAUACCCAGAAAGCCCCUGUCACAGCUCUUCCCUCUGAGUCAAAGGAGCAAACAGCGACCCUUGGGGAGAGGACCUUCAACUGCUGCUAUCCAGGUUGCCACUUCAAAACCGUUCAUGGCAUGAAAGAUUUGGACCGCCAUCUAAGAAUCCACACUGGAGACAAACCCCACAAGUGUGAGUUCUGUGACAAGUGCUUCAGCCGGAAGGACAACCUGACUAUGCACAUGCGGUGCCACACCAGCGUGAAGCCCCACAAGUGUCACCUGUGUGACUACGCUGCCGUGGACAGCAGCAGCCUCAAGAAGCACCUGCGGAUACAUUCCGACGAGCGGCCGUACAAGUGCCAGCUCUGCCCCUACGCCAGCCGCAACUCCAGCCAGCUCACCGUACACCUCCGGUCCCACACAGGGGACACCCCCUUCCAGUGCUGGCUCUGUAGCGCCAAGUUCAAAAUCAGCUCGGACUUGAAAAGGCACAUGAUCGUGCACUCGGGGGAGAAGCCUUUCAAGUGCGAGUUCUGCGACGUCCGCUGCACCAUGAAGGCGAACCUCAAGUCGCACAUCCGCAUCAAGCACACCUUCAAGUGCCUGCACUGCGCCUUCCAGGGCCGGGACCGGGCCGACCUCCUGGAGCACAGCCGGCUCCACCAGGCCGACCACCCCGAGAAGUGCCCCGAGUGCAGCUACUCCUGUUCCAGCGCCGCCGCCCUGCGCGUGCACAGCCGGGUCCACUGCAAGGACCGCCCCUUCAAGUGCGACUUCUGCAGCUUUGACACCAAGCGGCCCAGCAGCCUGGCCAAGCACAUCGACAAGGUGCACAGGGACGAGGCCAAAACCGAGAACCGGGCCCCGCCGGGCAGGGAAGGGCCCCGAGAGAGCGGUGGCCAGCACGUGGCCCAGAUAGUGACCCAGCGGGCCUUCCGCUGCGAGACCUGCGGCGCCUCCUUUGUCAGGGGCGACUCUCUGCGGUGCCACAAGAAGCAGCACAGUGACCACAGUGAGAACAAGAGCUCGGGCUUGGUCACCUUCCCGCCCGAGAGCAGUGCCUCGGGGCAGCUGGGCACCCUGGUCUCCGUGGGGCAGCUCGAGACGUCCCUGGAGCCCAGCCAGUGCCUCUAGUUCCACCGGAGAGGGUGGGCGGCCGUCCGGAAUGCCAGACACGCACCCCUGCCCGGCCCUCUGCACUCAGGCCGUCGAGCCAGACUUGAGUCACCAGCUGCGGGGACACCUGCUCCAGCUUAAUAGGCCCGCAGAGGCCAUGGCCCCAGUCACCGUGGCCUGAGGGCAGGCAGGCACCAAGGCAACGCUGUGGAGACCCUCCCCCAUCCGUGUCCCUGUCUUCCCUCCAAGAAUCGUCCAAGAGGUGGUCUCGGUUCCAAGGUGGUGGGCGUCCAUCGAGCAGUGCCACCUCCCAUAGGGAUAGUUUCUUCGCGAUGGAUUCCAGUUCUAAAACCCAUCCAUCUCCGAUGGAAUUAUGAAACGAAUUAGACCACAUGGAAAAACUAAUACUACACUCAUCUGUAGGGCGGGAAAGGUGAAGGGGAUGGCGGGGUACCUGGAGGGCCUGGGGUGGCGGGAAAAGUUCUGUUUCUCAACCUGGGUGGUGGUUUAUGAGUAUUCGCCUUCUGCGUUUUUUGUGUGGUUCCUUUUAUCUGUUGUCUUAUAAUAAAAAGGCAAGCUCCUCUGUAGAAUGGUGUCAGAGGGCCACUCCAUUUUUAUGGUCUCCCAUAGACAGGUUAUGGUGUGGGGUUCUGCCGUGCUGCCCCGGCCCCGUAGUCAUUUCUCUAUAAAUGCACGUAGGAGGUCUGUGUCUUAGUGCUGUAGUGAAGCGAAAUGCAGUUUGAUCUGUAGGUGGCGCCAAAGAUCAAGCUGACGCUAGCUCAGCCUGUAAUUGUGUGUGUUGUGAAUUUCAACCUUGGCCUACUUGUGUUCAUAAAAAGAGAUGAGGGGCCCAGUGGGUCCUGGGCUUGGUUCUGGGACAUAUGAUGCGUGGGAAAGCCUGAGACUAGUGUCUUUCAUCACGGUAAGCCCUUGGCGUUUGCUGAACCAACAAACGAGAAACCCCAAACCUCUUGUAAAUGGACGUUUCACUUGACGGAAACUUAGGAGGCCAUGGAAUGCCAGUGGAUAUAUAAUUUAUCCAAAGUUGCUUUGUUCUUUUCUUCAAAUACAGUCUUUGUUUAAUACAAAUUCUUGUGUGCCCUCAUCAAGCUAAACAUCUGUGCUUUUAAAACAUUGAAUAGAUCCAUUGUUUUUGAUAAACUAGAAACAAGGAUGUGAAAACAUUUUUUUUAUAGAUUGUAUGCAGGGGACUAUGUCACUUAUGAAAUAGAGGUACAGAACUUAUUUUAGAAAUUUUGUUUGAACGAAUCUGAUGCCAUUUAAGUCUGACUUCAGGCGAGUUAUAACACACUGUUGGAUCUUUCUGUGAGAAGAAGAGAUGGAAAUGAUAGCAGAGAGAAUUAAUCAUUUCUUUGCUUUAGAGCUAUUUUUGGUUGUUCAGAAGUGUUUUGUUACUGAAUGCUGGUGCAUUGUACAGAUUCUUUUAUCACCUUUCUGCCGUUUGUCAAAGAGUCUUAUCUGUGUUUCUGUUCUAGUAACAGAAGGGCUGUUGACCUUUCAAGUGGGAACCGAUAGAUCGAAAUCGUAUAGACGUUGCUUGUACUUCUGGUGUUAUAGCUCUUCAGAUACACAGGAAAAAUAUCAGCCUCUUUAGAAGACGUUUUUUCAUAGCUGUAUGGGCAUCAAGGGUCUUGGAUCCACGCUGGUAUCACCUAGCAAAUU